AUGCCCCCUAUGCCCCCGACUGUACGCCGAGGUGGUAGUCACAUGACCUUGGCCCAACUUGCGAGUUUCCAGCACAAGUCACAGUUCGAGUCACAGCACGAAUCCGACACAACCCCUUAUAGGAAGUAUCAGCGAGCCAUGGCAUCAAAUGCCACUUAUUACCUUAAGGAGGUGGAGGAAGAAGCUUUCAUCCAAGUCAACACUCUGCUUCUCGAUGAUCUGAACGCGAAAGUCAAAGCAUCCCCCUCUCGGGAUAUGGCCGACUUGCUAGAGCACAAAGCUAAAACAUAUCCUGCACUACGGAAAGUGUUUCGUGAUUCUUCAGUGCAGUCAGCAAUCCAAAGAGCCGACUGCUCUGAUGAUAAGAGUGCGGCUGACGAAAGAAAUGAAUUCCAAGUUCCAACCAAUGCCACGAUCAUACGGCCACUAAGUGCAACUGCGUCACGGGCAGCACUGAAGGAUUUUGAUGACUGUGGACCGUGUCCUGAGUUAUCUGCCAUCAUCGGAGGUCUUAAUAAAUUGGUGGCAACUAGUGAGGUCAUCUGGCACCUUGGGUCAACUGCAGUACUGGGUCUCAAUCCAGAGAUCGUGAUGAAAGCCGGCAAUGAUAUCGACAUAAAUCACAUCCACACUCUAGACUACAUCAAGCACCAUGCACCACGCGUUCCAAUACCAGAUAUACAUGGUAUCCUUCAACAGCCUAAUACCAACCGCAUUUUCUUGCUCAUGUCUCGAGCGCCUGGCGAGCCGCUGGAUUCAAAGUGGAAGUUCAUGGACGAGGACGAGAAAGCUUCAAUCAGAGAUCAAUUAGAUACGAUUGUUAGCGACUUUCGGUUCUUGCCUGCUCCAGCCUCCGAUGAGACCCAGGCUGUGCUUGGUGGCGGCAGCCCUCGCCGAUGCAAAGAUGCACGACGAAAAAUCCGUGUUGCACAAGGAUACAUCAGCAACGAACACGAAUUUAACGAAUUCCUCACUUCCGACCCUCACCGGACCCGAACUAGCAACAUCGCUAUGAUUAGGUCCUAUCUGAAGGAUGAUCACAAAGUGUUUCUGGCCCAUGGAGAUUUUCAUCCACGAAAUAUCAUGGUAGUCACCCGCCUACAUGACCCAGUUGUGGACGAUGCUCCGCCCAAAGAUUCACUUUGCACCACAAACGACAUUGUAAAUCAAUCAACCACACAAGUUACCAUCACUGCGAUUCUUGACUGGGAAAUGUGUGGCUGGUACCCAGAGUACUGGGAAUAUGUGAAGGCCCUGAAUACUGUUACUCCCGGCAGCGAGGUGGAUGACUGGUGGGCGUAUCUGCCACGGACAGUAGGUGUAUGGCCCAGAGAGCAUGCGGUUGACUUGAUGCUAAGCAGAUGGCACGGCUGA